AUGCAGCCAAAUCAAAGUUUCUCAUUCACUGAGAGUAUAGAAGUACCUGGCUCCCCUUCUUCAGCCAGUGUUUCCUUUCCGACUGUGCAUACCACCUCACCGGCCAUUUCUAGCCUUCCUGUUUUUGGUGAAGCUCCUUUCUUGGACUCAAGACAGUCACCAUCCCGCUCUUUUGUACCAGGAACCAUCUUUCCGACUUCACCAGAUGAGAUGGGAAAGAGGAGGAAGACAGAUCCAGCUGAUAGCCCAUCACUGCAGUCACUGCAAGGAACUAUUAUUGAUGACCCACAGCUUUCACCCCUGGUUGUGAAACAUCAUCAUAGUUUUACAUCCAGCCUUGGAUUGCCUAGUCAAAGUUAUUCCCCUCUGCAGAGCCCCAUUCUGAGUGAUACUGGGAGUACUAGAAUUGACGAUGAUGAAGAAGCUCAACGAAAGCGAUACCCUGCAGACAAAGCUUAUUUUAUUGCCAAAGAGAUUCUGACAACAGAGAGGACCUAUCUAAAAGACCUGGAGGUCCUUACAGUGUGGUUCCGCAGUGCCAUUAUUAAGGAAAAUGCCAUGCCAGAAGGUCUAAUGACCCUUCUCUUCUCCAAUAUUGAUCCUAUUUACGAGUUUCACAGGGCAUUUCUAAAGGAGGUAGAACAAAGACUUGCACUCUGGGAGGGUCGUUCCAAUGCUCAUGUGAAAGGAGAUUAUCAAAGAAUCGGUGAUAUAAUGCUCAGGAAUAUGCACGCACUUAAGGAGUUUACAGGUUACUUGCAGAAGCACGAUGAGGUCCUUACAGAACUGGAAAAAGCCACCAAGCGCCUGCGGAAACUGGAGACUGUUUACAAAGAGUUUGAGCUGCAAAAGGUGUGUUAUCUGCCUUUGAACACUUUCCUCCUGAAACCUAUCCAACGACUGAUGCACUAUAAGCUAAUCCUGGGGAGACUGUGCAAGCACUAUUCACCAGACCAUCGAGACUAUGUGGAUUGCAAAGAUGCACUAAAAGAAGUGACAGAGAUGACUGCACAGUUGCAGAGUAGCCUUAUCCGGCUUGAAAACUUCCAGAAACUCACCGAGUUACAAAGAGACUUGAUUGGAAUUGAGAAUCUUACUCUAACUGACAGGGAGUUCAUCCGUGAAGGCUGCCUCUGCAAACUGACAAAGAAAGGCCUGCAACAAAGAAUGUUUUUCCUUUUUUCAGACAUGUUGCUUUACACCAGCAAGGGUGUCACCACUACCAAUCAGUUUAAAGUCCAUGGCCAGCUCCCUCUGCAGGGUAUGAUUAUUGAGGAGAGUACAGAGGAGUGGUCUGUCCCACACUGCUUUACUAUCUAUUCUGUUCAGAAAAGCAUCGUUGUGGCAGCCAGCUCCCAUGUAGAAAUGGUGAAAUGGAUGCAAGACCUGAACAGAGCAAUUACUGUAGCCAGUAAUUCCAAUGAAAAAUCAGACAUGCUUCUGGAAAGUGCCCGCUGUAACCGCUCAAACAGAUCUUCAGACGAGUUAUCUCUGGAGCAGGAAUCAGAAGAUGACACUCACUCCUCCCGCAGUUCCCUGGACAAACAGACCUAUCACCGAGCUAAUACUACGAUGCACGUGUGUUGGCACCGCAACACCAGUGUCUCCAUGAUGGACCACAGUGUAGCAGUAGAGAACCAGCUGUCUGGAUACCUCCUGAGAAAGUUUAAAAACAGCAAUGGCUGGCAGAAACUCUGGGUGGUUUUUACCAAUUUCUGUCUGUUCUUCUACAAAACACAUCAGGAUGAUUACCCACUAGCCAGCCUCCCAUUGCUGGGUUACACUGUCAGUACUCCAGUGGAUUCAGACAACAUUCUUAAGGAUUAUGUCUUCAAACUGCAGUUUAAAUCACAUGUGUACUUCUUCAGGGCUGAGAGCGAGUACACAUUUGAAAGGUGGAUGGAAGUAAUCAGAAGUGCAACCAGCACCGUGGGAAGAAGUAACCUUUUGAUUCAGAGUGCAGAGAAGGAGACUGCAUUAAAAUAAGCAACCCUAGAACAGAGCCUUCACAGUCUGAAAUACCCGAGUCUGGCUGAACAAGAGCAGAAGAGAAGUGGACAUUUAAAAAAAAAAAAACGCAUGUAGCAUGAUGGGUGUUUGAAAGUGCUUCAGUUUGAUUACUUACAUGAUUGGUAUCACCAGUUGUAUCAUCUUGACUGAAUUUCAUUUCAUUGAAGAAAAAAGAAAACGUUAGUCAUGAAGACAACAGGAUGUUUGAUGCGUGAGAUGGCUGAUGUGAGCAUUUUGGCUUUGCCUGGCAGUUCUCACUGUUUUAUGUUGGGUUGAUUUGAGAAUAAUUGCAUAGUAACUUUAUUUUGGCCAGUGGCAGUAUUCUGCAUAGCAUGGGGAUAGGGUUGGGAUACAGAGAUGUACCUGUUACACAUCUGUAUAUACUGGGCUGCACAGCACACAAGGCACACUCACUACACACUAUGCAGACACACCCUACUGUUUCUUUUAUCUUUAGUUGAUUACCAGUUGCUUUAAAAACUAUUUUAGCACAAAAAAAAAACAGCUUUUGAAAGCAAGAGUAAACAAAUAAUUGUAUUUAAUACUUUUGUUAUUGCAUUACUGAAAAAAAAUGCUUUUUUCAUUACAUAUCCAUAUGUAACUUACUGUGUUCUGAAAGGGACUGCAACAGACAGGGUGUUAAGUUAAUUGUAGGUUAUGAAAUUACUGUUAAAUAUGGGUAUGUAUGUGUAGCACAAACUGUAUUGAUGCAUUUGUGGCUUCUUCAGUAUGUUUGCAUAACAUAUAGUAAAGGAUCAUUAGAUGGGGGAAACUGGCAUUCAUAUACAGCAAACAAUCAAAUCACCAUCCGUUUUUUCUCUCAGCAGAUGUGUGCAUCUGAAUUGUAGUAAAAUAUGAAAGACCAUUUGUAUAGUAUCAGACACUGCCACUAGCUACAAUCAAAGCAGUAGAUGGUGAACAAAAUCCCGAACUGUACAUUUACUAAUAAUCCAGCGCAAGCAUUAUUUUAAAAAAUCAGGUCAUUUCAGAACUACUGUUUAAAACAGAAUCCUAAUUGAUUUUAAUAUGAUUAUUUUAGCAUAGUUUUUUAAAAUUUGCUUAAUAGUUUAAAGAUACUCAGUCUCCUAACCUGAAUCACAGUAUCUGUGAACAAGAGACUUGGUGUGUAACAUUUUUAAAGGGUUUUGUCCUUUACAUCUCACUUGAAUAAUAAUAGUUAUAAUAAUGAAGUCAGUAAUCUGCUGUUAAUGGUAAUUACGGGGUAUCAUUUCAAUAUAAUAAGUACAUUUGUACGAAAACUAAAUGCUGCAUCUGUUGUGCCUCUUAAUAUGGGAGAGUUGUUGGCCAGUCAUAAUUGUUUUGCUCUUCUUUGUUGUACGUUUUCAUUUUGGUCAUUCUGUGGCCUGUACUGUGCAGUAUUGAAGAAUGUCAUACUGGAAGUAGAAAACUAGAUCUCAUUUAUAUGAACAACUACAUUGUUUCUUCCUUCAGUGAAGGUUAAUCUUUUUAACUGUUUAAGUGGUAUAUUUGGAAGGCAUUACUACAGUAAGUAUGCUACUACAAGUCGCACAACUAACUAGAAUAACUUUCACUUGUAUAAACAAUAUGUACACACAUUGUAACUACAGGUUUUCUUCAUAUCAAAGAUGCAGUAGUUCCAAGUUUUCUUUAGUGUUAUACAUGCCAUUUGUAGAAAAAAAAAAAAAAGAAAACUGCAAUUUGUGUUCUCUUAGUUUAAUUCAUUGGAUAUUUUUCCCCAUCUGUGCUUUUCCAGUUUUUCUCCAUAGUUUUGUUAGGUAGCUCACAUUCUGUAAUACAUAAUAUAUUGUUACCUCAACUUGAAUAUUUCUAAGGUUAAAUGUUAGGGAAUCAAACUGCACCACUACAAAAAGUAAAACAAGGGCUGCACUUUACCAUGGCAUUGCACAGGUUUGUUCCUAACAUCUUUUUAUGCUUCUUGACAUGUUACCUCCUCUGGUAUUUUAUUGUCCUAGUAUGUCUAAUAUUAAAUUCCCUACCAUCUUGGUUUGGUAUUGCACGUGUUCUCUGUCUUUAGUGUGUAACUUUGCUUUAAAAGACUAUAAUAAAUUAUACAAACAAAUUAAAAGUACAGCUUUCCAGCAAGCCAAAGAACUGCAUAUUUUGCCAUUUGUAGCUGCUUUUAACGGCAAGUAAAGAAAACAGUAUAGUGACUUUCUUUGGUCCUGUCCUUAGUAACCCAUAUUGUGUCCCAUCUUUCAUUUUGUAGUAUCACAAGUCUCUAGCACACUAAAUAUAACAAACUUCUGGUAUAUUUUACUUUAGUACUGUUAUCAAAUAUACUGCAGAUCAUCUGUUUAGGGGAAAAAAAGAGUACAGGUGGGAAAAAUACACUGAACACAAGGUAUUGGAUAUAUUCCUGCUGCACUGAUCUGAGAGUAAGGAUUCAGAUAAGUAAAUGUCAACAAAAAGUUGUAAACAUUACCACUGUUAUGGGCUUUUUAAUUCUCAGUUUUUUGUAGAGAUUAAUAAAUAUAAAAUUUAAAUUCAAGGUU